AUGCGGUUUCCUGUUUGUCCUGUCAAGCAGAUAAUUAAACAUGCAUACUUCCUUCCAUACGGAAGUUCGCCUGAAUUUGAGGAUACUGAGCUGUUACCUACGGCUGACGAUUUCUCAAGAAUUGAAGACCUCACCAAUCCAUUUCACUUCGGAAGUAUGAGUUUUCCUAGGUUUGAGGUUACGGCCAAUGGUAUGGUAUUUUUACGAAAAGCUGGAGACGCAUCAUCUCAACGAAAUCCAGUCCUUGGAGUAUUUGCAGGCGAUGUUAAUAACCUAUUAUUAGGCAACAUUUACUUCAGGAAAUCAGAGCAGGGUACUGACGCAACAACAUGUGCUCAAGCUGAACAGGCAAUUCUAGAAGCUACCCCUGAGUUUAUUGGUCAGUCAUUGCUCACAAUAGUAGUCGUGACAUGGGAAGAUGUACCUGAAAAUAAAUGUUUCGCUAUACCAACCUGUGAGGCUGGCAUAGGCUAUCUCGAACCGACCGAAUCACGGGAACUGUUUGCCCCUUUCAAUCCAUCCUCGUCUCACAUUCUCUGGCGUGUCACUGACGGGGAUGUACCUAACGAUCUCCUAUCGAAUUCUAACUAUGGAGUACCGGGAAGCUAUCUAUUCGAAGUAUCAAAUACAAUUCGUGAAAUAGGGAAAGGUAUGGCAGUUUAG